CUCUUUUGUUCCUCAUUGCCGCCGGCUGGCAGGGGAUGCCGGCAAUGCAGCGGCUGGAAAGCCCAGCAGGGCAAAACUGCGUGCAUCGCAGAGCGUCACUUCACUCGCCGCGCGGCCACGUCGGAUGCAACGCCGUCGCUCCCGGAGUCUCAUCACCGGCGACGACGUCGCUUUGCAACGCUUGGCCCGAAUACGCAGUGCCCAGCUUGGCGGUUGAGUGCCGCUCACUACGGAAGGAUAAGUUCCGUCCGACGAAGCUGUCACGUGCGAAGCCGCCGGUUUAGUGAUUGCUUUCUUCGUGACGUCUGCGGCAACUUGGGGUCCUCUGGAAUCAUGCAAGCAGCGCACCUGGUGAGCCGGUUCACGGUCUGGGACUACGCGGUGUUCGGCGGCAUGCUCUGCGUCUCGGCCUCCAUCGGCAUCUACUACGCGGUCAGCGGCGUCCGCAAGGGGGCCACCACCGACGACUUCCUGAUGGGCGGCCGCAGCAUGAGCGUCUUUCCCGUGGCGCUCUCCAUCCUGGCCAGCUUCAUGUCGGCCAUCACGCUGCUCGGCACGGCCUCCGAGAUGUACAUCUACGGCACGCAGUACCUGUUCAUCAUCUUCUCGUACUGCCUCGUCAUCCCGGCCACGGCGUACCUUUACAUGCCCGUCUUCUACGGCCUGCACGUCACCAGCGCCUACGAGUAUCUGGAGCUCCGCUUCAAUCACGUCAUUCGAGCCAUGGGGUGUAUAACGUUCUCCUUACAAAUGCUCAUCUACAUGGCGAUCGUGCUUUACGCACCGUCACUUGCACUUUCCCAAGUGACGGGAAUCAGUGUGUGGACGUCGGUGCUUUCCAUAGGCAUUGUCUGCACUUUCUACACAAGCAUUGGUGGAAUGAAAGCUGUCGUGUGGACGGACGUGUUCCAAAUAUGCCUCAUGUUUGGCUCCAUGCUCAUGAUCGCCAUCCGCGGAGCGUACGACAUCGGCGGCAUGAAGGUCGUCUACAACAGUGCCUCCGAUGGAAACAGAGUCGAGUUCUUCAACUUCAGCCUCGACCCGACCGAGAGGCACACCGUCUGGGGUCUCUUCAUCGGCUGUUUCUUCACUUGGAUGUCGGUAUACGCAGUCAGCCAAGCAAUGGUUCAGCGAUACCUCACAGUUUCCAGCAUAAAGGGUGCUCGAAUCGCCAUCUGGAUCAACCUUCCUGGACUGGCGUUCUUGAUGUUGAUCUGCGCUCUAGCCGGCCUCGUCAUGUACGCACGGUACCAAGAUUGCGACCCACUGCUGACCAAGAAGGCGACAGCCCCUGACCAACUACUUCCUCUAUACGUCAUGGACAUCCUCGGAAGCCUACACGGAAUCCCUGGCCUAUUUGUCUCCGGCAUAUUCAGCGGCGCUCUGAGCACGGUUUCAUCCGGAGUGAACUCCCUGGCUGCCGUCACACUCGAAGACAUCAUCAAGAGGUAUAUCAAGAAGGACAUGAGCGACCGCUACGCUACGAAUCUCACCAAAAUGAUCGCCAUGUCGUUCGGCCUGGUCGCCAUUGCUCUCGUCUACGGAGCCCAAAUGAUGGGCAACGUUCUUCAAGCUGCACUCUCCAUCUUCGGAAUUGUCGGUGGGCCGCUUCUGGGUGUCUUUACGCUAGGGAUCUUCUUCCCCUGUGCCAACAGCAUUGGCGCCGGAGUAGGCACCAUCACCUCCCUGGCGGCUUGUUUCUGGAUCGGCUUCGGCGCGUUCGCCACGAAGCCAGCGGUGCGCAAGGCCCCGGUCUCGGUGCUCGGAUGCAUCGGCGAUUACCUGAACGCCACGGGACAGGACGUUAACAACAUCACCUACCCCAGGCCUGUCGACAUUGCUGACGCCAACAAGGACAUCCUCUUCGUCUAUCGGAUAUCGUAUGUCUGGUACAGCAUGAUCGGCUGCGUCUUAGUCGUCGUCAUCGGACUCAUCGUGAGUUUGUUAACAGGAUACACGAAACCGAGCGAGGUGAACCCGCGGACGAUCCACCCAAUCUACAACUUCCUCUGCAGUGUGAUGCUGCCGUCCUCCCUUCACGACAAAUUCAUGGUGAAGAGCGUGGACGAGUACGACGUCGAGCACAUGAUCGAGCUGGGAAGAUCGAAGAAGGCCCGUUCCGACAUUUCUUCCGAGGGAAACGACAACGUUGGCUUCACCUGCUGUGGCGAGAAACCCACCAUCAACGGCCUCGUGGCACCUGCCGAUUCCUCCAAGGCGACUGUGAAUGGCAUAGCUACCAACGGCAGCAUCAUCCAUCGACGCUCUGCACCAGGCGGCGGAGGCGUCGUCACUUCCAGCCCGGAAAUGAUCGCCUUUCGCCCAAUCACGAAUGGGCACUCGCAGGGGCCAUCGGCGAAAACAGAAGCCACAAACGCUUAUUCGAGCGAUACUUCCGCGAUGUCUUCUGCGAGAUCGGCGCCUCCUGAUCCUCCCCUCGAUCAGCAGACAACACAUCAUACCACCAAGACUGCAGCCGGCAGUUGCACCGAGGACGCCGGAAAGCUGAUAAACAUCGACUCAGGGGGACUUUCUAGACCGCGGUCGCCGAGUCGGGAUUCGUGCACAAAAUGCGAUUCCGACGACCCUGAUAUGAACCCGAUGACCAUGAAUAGGGACGUCGCGUCAGUCGAGUCGCAUUUGUCCCAGAACGUACACAGGUCGCGGCGUUGGGGCUCCUCUAGAAGGGAAAAGCGUCAUCGGGCGAAGCAUUCCUCGUCGCCCGACACCAGACACACAUCUGCGUCACCCAAAUGUGAGGCGGCGGUCAACCAAGCAGCCACAUCACUAUGAAACAUUGCCUAUCACUAUCUCCGAACCGCGAUAUAUGCGCUGGACGCACUGAUAUAGUAUGGUAUAGUAUACAUGUUAAACCUGAUACGCACGAUCACAUGUAUGGCAGCUGCAAUAGGUCACAUCGGGCAUCUUUCUCGUUCUUCAUAUUUUACGGCUUGAACUACGUCACAGACGAGUUGUGAACAGACUGCGAUCCUUUGGCAGCAGUUUAUUUUCUGUGCCUGACCUGGACGUACGAUGGUAACUCUGACGUUGAUUACAGCAGGGUGAGUGCGCACUCGGCUGCCUCAUCCGAGAAUCUAGAAAUGACGCUGAGGACUAUUGGCGUUUACAGCCGGCGAGCCCCGCGCGUUGCCAGGUUCCAUUUAAAACAAAGCGUUCGCUUACUCUAGCUUUGUGUAUUUCUCAAUGUCUCAUCAUUUUACAAUAUAAAACAAAGCAGUGAGCAGUGUUUCAGUGGCACGAAAGUACAAAAGAAAGUCUAAAAACCGUUUGACGCGCGUUGUACUAGGAACGACGUUCAACAAAAAAAAUCCUCCUAUUGUCCUCAGUAAUGAGCACGAUUUCCUCGCAGAUAAUUGAGCCGUGUAUGAAAUGACUCGGGCAAGAAGCUGGUCAGUGUUAAAAAGUGAUUCUACGCUACUCUGUGUAAAUAGAACGUGAUGUAUAAUUAUCCCAUAGCAACAAAACAAGUGUCUGUUGAACCUUCUUACUAUGUACACAAGUGAAUAAAAUGUCGCGUGGAAAAAAUCUCCUUCCGAAGCAAAUAUACGUGAGAGCUAGUCUGAACGUCUCUCUCUAUUACAUCUGCACGCUAUUCUGAAUUGCAUUUGACGAUCACUUUGACGCCGAUCUGUCAGAAAUGUAUUUAAAGUAGUUUUUUAAAACUUUAACCUUUAAAAAGUUAUUUUUAACUAUGUCACGAUCCGCCCGGGUUCGUGAACGAGGGAGGGCUCGAGGCACCCUCCAUUAGACGGACGCUCCGCAGCGUGGUGGCGACGAACGAUGACUGACCAUAUCGAAGCAGAAGAUGGAGCGGCUGUAGAUGCUCCGACAGCUUCGGCAGGAAACUCCUGCAGAAGUUCAUGAGCCCGUACCCGGAAUGGUGUAUACAAUCUUCGUGAGCCUGCCUUUAGUGGCCGACUUGCUGCUGCUGGGGUCGAUUAGGACACGCAGGAGCUUCCAAGUCUUUGACACACCUAGCUUCCCCUGAAUACCAUCGCAGGGCGUAUUCCAGUUCUAUCUGGCCAAGGAUAUGGCGUGGGAUUCUGCCUUUUUGUUUAUCUCGUCUAUUUUUUUCUUCAGUUUGCGGUUAAGCCGUUGUCUUCGUCAUCUCUUUGUCAAUAAGUGUCUUGCUUCCCAUAAAUGUAGAAGGUGCGGAUCGACCGCUGGGCAAUCUUCUGUCGUGCAGACCUCUUUCGUAAAGGAUUUAAAAGUUUGCACCUCAUCCUUGACCCAUUCCUCUAGGUCUGUAAUAGGGUUUGCAGUAGAUGCCUGAGCCUGUCUCCAUCUGUCCCAGUUCGUAAUUCUUAUAUCUAUUUUGCGUUUGCACGCGUUUGCAUUGCUGAUUAAGCCUCCACCCAGCCAAGCCUCAGUCAUCUGGUUUCCUGGUGACCUAGAACUACCAGGAAGAAACGAAGCAGCUCACAGGAUUCCCGAGCUCUUCUAUACCGGGCGUUUCUUCCUGAUGACCUUGAAGGGUGCUGCGACCUAACUGCUUUAGCAGUGUAUGCUGACAAUCUGGCGCCAUACAGAACAGCCAGGAAGGAGUGCCCAACACCACACAAAUCCCUCAAUAAGUUAGAAGGGACUACAAGGUUUGUAGUCUCCUAGAGACCCUUAGGAGACUACAAACCAAUACAUACCAAACGCCAGCUAAGCUACACCAGUGGUACCCUACACUAUACUCCCCGCAAUGCCCACACUGUGGAGAGGUAGCUAACCUGAACCACAUAGUGUGGGCAUGCCAAUUUAAUCCCAUAGUUGACCCCAUUCCAAAUCCCUCAGAAGAGUAGUGGGAGGCUAUUCUGCUCAGCGAUGAUCCUGACCGUCAGCACUGGCUGGUGGGGCCAGCGCAGCAGCAGUAGCCAGUGGACUACCGGACUAGGCGGCCCACCCACGAGUUCUACGAAUAUUCUGCAAAUAAAGAUGUUUUCAAUCAA